AUCUUUCUUUUUCUUCCAGAGAGCUGGGGGAUUAUGUAAUGGGUUAGUCUGUUGUGGUUGCCGACAGCGGUUGAGUUGGAUUGUCUCCACAGCAGCAGGGCCUUCUGAUUCUCGACCAUCCAGUCCCCGAUCAACUCAGCAAUUGCUGUGCAAGCCUACAUAAGCCAACCAGACUCAGGAAGACCGGCGCAUACAAUAGCCAAGCACGAAUCAGUAGGAGCCAACUCGAGCGACCGAGAAUCAAGAUCUCAAGAAACCCUCACCUUUGCCAGCGGAUGUCGGAGCAUUCUGGGAAGAUGGAUCCUCCAUCUGCCGGGCCAUCCCGGGAUCAGAAAGAGACAACUGGUCAUCUAUUCGUCGAGUCGCUUCAGGAUGAAGAGCCCGCCGACGGUUUCCAAUUUGACGACCGAUUGAAUCAUCCAAGCUCGCCUGAGCCGUCCGAACCCCAUGAAAGCCAGGAUCUCCCAAUUUAUGACGACCCAACCGGAUCCAUGUUUUCGGGCCCUGUUGCAGAAGUGACCCCGAGUAGUGUGACGGCUAUGCACUUGGAUAGUCGGUUUGACUCAAGGUCGUGUCGGAGCACUCGUAGUCGCAAGCAAGGGACUUCUAUCCGUGAAUCUCGUCCCUCAAGUCGAAGGAAGCCAUCUGUCGGAAGUCGAUCUGUACGGAGCCAUGCACCAAGCAAAUCUAAUCGAUCCCGCCGAGCACACGAUGAUCGCAAGAGUGAGGCAGGCGUUAGCGUGUCAUCUUCCCGUCGUCGACCCGAGUUGUCUAAAACCAGAACUCAAGAUUCAGCCCCAAUGACUCCCUCGGAAGAGCCAGAGUCCGGAUUUUUCAACAACUUAUCAGCAUUUCUCAAGGGGAAGGGUCGAUCACAUAGUAGAGACUCUCGCGCAAGUUCUAAUCGUGAAAACUAUCAUUACCACUCUGUCAACGACAAACGCAGACGCCAAUCUCUGAGUAGAUCCAUCCGAUCUGCCAAAAGCUCAGCCUGGCGUAGCCUCAAAUCAAAUCGAUCCAAAUCGAGGUCAGCUGCAACAAACACGUGUCAUGAAUCAGAUGAUGGCUGGCCUGACGAGACUGAUAGCCUUGAUUGCUCAUCUUCGGCUUCCUCAAACUCAACUUCAACAUCUAAUUCGGAUCCUUCAUCGUCGGAAUCUUCCCUACUCAAUAGAAGAACAGACGGCCCAAAUGAUCAUCGUAUCGAGGUUAUCCCGCUCACUUAUCCCCUUCCGGGCUCCAAAUCACAUGGUUGGCACCCCUCAGACAUCGAAAUGACCAAGGCACAACGUCUAUCAACCCAAUCGGUAUAUAUAAUCGAAGAUGACCUCCAGGUGCAGUUCCUCGGCUGGAAAUCUGUUGGUUGGAGAGUCGCUCUCUGGUGGAUAGGAUGCGCCAUGUCAGCUGGUAUACUAUGGCUGGUAGGACGUUGGAAAGUGGCUUGGAGAUUGAAGAUGGGAAUCCUCGAACCGUUCAAUCAAGCCUCCCAUGUUGUGGCCUACACCGAAUAUGGCCAGCCGGACAUAAUUGAUCUUCAAACCCUCACUUUCAAUCAGCCGAUCAAGCUAUCCACGCUUUGUCCUCCGAGUUUGCGCGUCCCCCCAUCCACCAAAGACGAGCCCUUGAUUCCUUCUAAUGAUGAUGGAGGCGCUCCACCUUCGUACCCCAAUCCAACUCCCCCAGCACCUGAGGUGGGCAUUAACAGGCCGCUAUCCGAGCUACUACUAACAGAGAUUCAUUAUAUCGACUUUCGCUACCAUCGCUUUUUGCUGCAUCCUAUCACUCAAGCAUUCAUGAGGGCUCGUGACUGGCAGGAUCCUGCAUGGUCGACAUCUGUAGCCAAUCUUGCUGCGGGAUUGGAUCAACAGGAAAGCCUUCACCGCACCCAACUUUUUGGCAAUAAUAUCAUAGAAGUCGUUGGUAAAAGUACAUCACAGCUUUUGAUGGACGAAGUUCUCCAUCCGUUUUAUAUCUUUCAGAUUGCAUCGAUUAUAUUAUGGUCAGUUGAUGACUAUUACUAUUAUGCAUUUUGCAUCGCGUUGAUUAGUGUGGUCAGCGUACUAUCCACUUUAAUGGAUAUGAAAAGGACACUGGCUCGCAUGCGUGAGCUGUCCAGAUUUACUUGUGAAAUCAAGGUACUACGUGGUACAAGUUGGCAAUCUGCCGAUUCAACCGAGCUAGUUCCUGGCGACGUCAUUGACGUAUCCGAGCCCAGCCUUCACACCUUUCCAGCCGAUUUCCUACUACUCUCAGGCGAUGCUAUCGUCAAUGAAUCAAUGCUGACCGGCGAAUCUGUGCCAGUAUCCAAGUUUGCACUGCCCAGCUCCAACUUGAACUUAAUGGCUUCACUGAAUGGCGACCCCUCUCCUGCACUUGCGAAGCACAUCUUAUUCUGUGGGACUAAUAUCAUUCGAAUUCGUAAGGCAAAUCAAUUGGCUAGGUCGAAAGGCUCGGUUCCUGAAAAUGCCGCCUUGGCUAUGGUCAUCAGGACUGGGUUCAGUACCACGAAAGGCGCUUUGGUCCGAUCGAUGCUGUUUCCCAAACCCAUGGACUUUGCCUUUUACCGGGACUCUUUUCGAUUCAUUGGUGCCUUGGCCCUCAUCGCUAGCUUUGGGUUCAUAGGAAGUUCGAUAAAUUUCUUGAGAAUGGGAAUCGACUGGGGUACGAUAAUGGUUCGGGCGCUUGACCUGAUCACCAUCGUCGUCCCACCCGCACUACCAGCCACUAUGUCGAUCGGCACUACAUUUGCUAUGUCUCGCUUACGCAAAAGAAACAUCUUUUGCAUAUCUCCUAAUCGUGUUAACAUUGGAGGGAAAAUCAAUUUGGUGUGCUUUGACAAGACGGGGACGUUGACCGAAGAAGGGCUUGAUAUCCUUGGCGUAAGGACAGUCGAUAGAUCGGACGGAAACUUUAGUGAACUUUACGACGAGAUCGAUAAUGUUCCUGUGAUUGGUUCUGAAGACCUCAAGACACCCUUGGUACACGCCCUUGCAGCAUGUCAUGGAUUGAAAGCGGUGAACGGACAGAUCAUAGGGGAUCCGUUGGAUUUGCGCAUGUUCGAAUUCACAGGCUGGUCAAUGGAAGAGGCUGGUGACAGUUUAGGUCCUAGUAAUCCACCAGAUCAAGAUCAAGCUUUGCUGUCUGCACAACCUCAUAAAACCCCCAAAAUGAUUGAGCGACAAGCCGCCUUAGUCCAAACAAUUGUACGACCUCCAGGCGGCUCCACAUUCGAGGUAGAGGACGCUUUAAAAUCUACUCGGUUUCUAGAAUUAGGAAUCAUUCGAACGUUUGAUUUUGCAUCCGAGUUGAGGAGGAUGAGUGUACUAGUCAAGAAACUCAAAUCUUCGACAAUCGAGGCCUACGUCAAAGGCGCCCCUGAAGCGAUGGUCGAAAUAUGCAUGAAAGAGACGCUUCCGGCAGAUUACGAGGAGUUUUUGAAUUAUUACACUCGGCAUGGUUACCGGGUGAUUGCUGUGGCAGCUAAAUCUUUCCCGAAACUCUCGUGGAUCAAAGCCCAGCGCCUGACAAGAUCGCAGGUUGAAUCUGAACUUCGAUUCAUCGGAUUCGUUAUAUUUGAAAACAAAUUAAAACUAGGGACUGAGCCUGCAAUUCAAAUAUUAAAGAGUGCACACAUUGGUGUACGGAUGUGUACUGGGGAUAACAUCCGCACUGCUAUCAGUGUCGGUCGAGAUUGUGGUUCAUCAAGUCUUGCGGAUUCAACCAUCGCAUGGUUUGACAUCGACAAUGAAUCCGCUCUCCUCGACUCUUACUCCCUCAUGCCUCUUCCGAACGAAAGCGAUGAAGGUGAUGCGGGGUCCAUGGUUUCUAGUGCCACGACUGUCAGGUCCGAGGAUUACGUGCUUGCUGUCAGCGGGGACGUUUUUCGUUGGAUCAUGGACUAUGGUUCCCUCGAAACCAUUGAACGAAUGCUUUACAAAGGUGUCAUAUUUGCCCGUAUGUCGCCGGACGAAAAGCACGAAUUGGUGGAACAGCUACAAGGCUUAGACUAUACCGUUGGAUUUUGCGGGGAUGGGGCGAAUGAUUGCGGUGCUUUGAAAGCUGCAGAUGUUGGUCUAUCGUUGUCGGAAGCCGAAGCCUCGGUGGCUGCUCCAUUUACCAGCCGACAGCCUGAGAUUACCUGCUUUAUUGAACUCAUAAGAGAGGGUCGAUGCGCGCUGGUCACCAGUUUCUCAUGCUUUAAAUACAUGGCCCUUUACAGCCUCAUCCAGUUCACAACAAUCACUCUACUGUACAGUCUACCUUCAUCACUGGGGGACUUUCAGUUUCUCUACAUCGAUUUAUUCAUAAUCAUCCCGGUUGCCAUUACAAUGGGAAGAACGCACCCGUAUGGCAGAAUAGCAGCCAAACGACCCACCGCCAACCUAGUAUCCAAGAGAGUGCUCACUUCGCUUACUGGACAAGUUCUUAUCAACUCUGUUAUUCAGUUGCUGGUCUUCAUGCGAGUCGCUUCCCAGCACGAACCAAUCCAAGUUCCGGCCAACGGCGAAAAAUUACCAACUACCAAUCAGGAAAAUUCAGCGCUCUUCCUGGUCUCGAUCUUCCAAUACAUCUUGGUCGCAGCCACUUUUUCAGUCGGACCUCCGUACCGAAAGCCAAUCUUCUCCAACUACCUGCUUGUGUUGUGUCUAUUGAUUCUUGGCGGGUUUUCGCUCAACCUGCUCUUCAUCGACUCAGGUUUUCUUUUCAACUUACUCGAACUGGUAUCGUUGGACUAUGCGCUCCGAUUAGAGUUGCUUCUCUGGAUCACGUUUAACAUCUUUUCCAGCUGGGUCUUUGAGAAUUAUGCUACUCAGCCCAUCGCUCUGUGGGUCGGUGGCCAAUCCAAGUUGUUACGCAAGAGGUGGAAUAUGUUGUUCGGUCUCGAUGGCUCCUCCAAACGAGAUCGUAAACGAUACAAAAUUAUUGCCGAUAGCAUGGAUACGCCGUAA